AUGGCUGAGGUUAAGCAUAAAGUUUCUGGAUGUUGCGUCUUUAGUACUGUUGUGUAUGCUACUAAUAGAGCUAUGGAUAGAAGCUUAUUAUGGGGGAUGCUUAAGGUUCAUGAAGCUAAAGUUACUGGUCCAUGGAUUGCUCUAGGUGAUUGGAACAUGGUUCGGGCUAAUCAUGGGAAGAAGGGAGGUAAACGUGUCUCUCAAAUUUUAUUAGAUGAGUUUAAUGGGGCUAUUUAUGACAUUAAAAUGGAAGAUUUACCAACGAAUAAUGGUGAUUGGUCUUGGUGUAAUAAGCAAGGAGUUCAAACUAGAAUUAAUGCUAAAUUGGACAGAGUUCUAGUUAAUUCAGCUUGGUUGCAUUCCUUUACUGACUCUAAAGUGUAUUUAAUUGCUGCUUUUCUGUAUGAUCAUUAUGGUAUGGAUGUUCAUCUGAAUUUUGUGAGCUCUCUUAGACCUAAACCUUUUAAGUUUCUAAAAAUUUGGUGUAUGCAAGAGGAGGUUAAGGAGGUGGUGGCUACAUCUUGGAACAUUGGUGUCUCUGGAAGUCCUUUACAUGUUUUACAGAAAAAAUUGAGAGAGGUAAAGAAGGCUGUGAAAGAAUGGAAUGGCAAGAGAGGAAUGCUAUCAGAUCAAGUUCAAAUUGCUAGAGGGAAUCUGAUUAAAAUCCAGAUGGAUUUGAUGAAGGAGCCAUUUAAUUCAAAUUUAAUUAGUCAGGAAAAAGAUGCCAGUGGUACUCUUCAACAUCAGUUGGAGUUAGAAGAAAUAUUGUGGGCUCAGAAGUCUAGGGUUAAGUGGCUUAAAGAGGGAGACAAAUGCACUUCUUUUUUCUAUAAUUUGGUGAAGCAGAGAAGAUGUCACAAUGCUAUUACAGCCUUGGAGAAUACCAAAGGGGAGAAAUCUAAUGACCCUAAAGUUAUUAAGGAAUGGUUAGUAGAAUAUUAUACUGACCUAUACAAUGAUGUGGGAGGGGUGAAUGAGGAAAUUCUGGAGCCUAGAAAAAGGCUAACUCAAGCUGAAGGUAUAUCUGCUGAGGAAAUUAAAGCUGUGGUUAUGCAGUUUAGUCCUGAUAAAGCCCCGGCUUUCCAGCUAGAUUUUUUCAAAAAUACUGGGGGAUUGCUCAGUAGUGUUCUUCCAAAUUUGAUUGGGCCUGAGCAGUCUGCAUUUAUUAAAGGUAGGAGAUUGCAUGAUAAUUUUUGGUUGAUAUCUGAUUUAGUAAAAAAAUUUGGUAGGAAAAAUGGUGAUCCAACUAUUGCUCUGAAAAUUGAUCUUAAAAAGGCCUAUGAUUCAGUGGAUUGGGGGUUUCUACAGAAGGUUUUAUUGAGUUUUGGGUUCAGUGAGAAGUGGAUUAGUUGGGUUAUAGAGUGCACUUCUACAACCAAUUUUUCUAUUCUUUGUAAUGGAGUGCCUGCAGGUUUUUUUUCAGCUUCUAAAGGCCUCAGACAAGGAUGUCCCUUGUCUCCACUCUUGUUUGCUUUUGUCACUGAAUAUUUCUCCAACCUUAUUGUUAAAGCUAUUGAGGAGGGGAAGAUUAAGAGGUGUAAGGUUGUUCUCAAGACAGGGCUGAGCAUUUCCCAUGCUUUUUAUGCUGAUGAUUUGGUUAUGGUGGUGAAGGCUGAUGUGAGUACUUUAAAAGGUGUUGAAGAAGUCCUUCAGAGAUUUAAAAUUAGUGCUGGGCUUCAGGUUAAUAAAGAUAAAAGCUCCAUCAUUUUUUCAAAAGCAGUGAGAGGAAGAAGAAGAUUAGCAAGAAUUCUGAAUUUUCAAGUUGAAUCUUUCCUUUUCAGGUAUCUUGGAUUACCUUUAUCUAAUAAUUUACUUAGGAGUGGUGAUUACAGAAUGCUUCUUGACAAGGUUGAUGCUCGAUUAAGACACUGGAAUACUAUUAAUCUCUCUUUGGCAGGAAGGUUAGAGCUAAUCAAGUCAGUUUUGUUUUCAUAUCUGUAUCAUUGGUUGUUUGGCUUCAAAAUUCCUUGGGAAGUUAAGAAUAUGCUGGAAAGAAGGUUUAAGAAAUUUUUGUGGAGUGGUAAACAAGAGAUUAGAAAGAUGUCUCAAUUGAAGUGGAGUAAAGUCACAUUACCUGUUGGGGAGGGUGGUUUCAAUAUUAGGAGAAUUAUUGACAUUGAUCGUGCAACAAAAAUGAAUAUGUAUUCUGAUGUUUGGAAACAUAUUCUGGGGAUGAGGGAUUUGAUCCUUGAUAAGGCCUUGUUUCAGGUUGGUGAUGGCAAUCAUUUUAAACUUCUUAUUGAUCCCUGGUGUAAUGAUCACUCUCUCAUUCAGCUGUUUGGAGCUGCUAGGUUCAGAGGGUUGGAUUGGCAGACAAAACUAGCUUCUAUUAUUGAUCAUGUAGUAUGGAGUCUUACUGAAAAUCUUGAAUUUACUCAGAAUGUCAUUCAGCAAGUGAUUAUUCAUGAGGGUUCAGAUCAAAUUAAGUGGAAAGAUGGGUUAAUUACUUGGAAGGUUGAAUAUGAAUGGAAGCCUCAAGUAUAUAAGUUUUGUAAGAAAAUGGAUCAUCUCGAGGCUAUGUGUCCUUUGAACAAAGCUAAACCUCUCAAACUAACGGAUAAGUGGGUGGUGAAGCCAAAGAUCAAAGACCAGGAAAUAAGGGAUUUGGUUAGUAUUCAAGAAGAAGAUUUGCCAAAGGAUGGGAAUGAAGACUUAGAGGGUUUUACAGUUCAGAAAAAAUCUAAAGGAAAGUCGAAGGUUGGGUAA